AUGUCGUCCGGGAACCCUUUUCGCGCCUCGCAAGCGUUUCCUCGGCCCGCGCCCGUACCGCAGACUUCCUUUAUCAACACGGAUAGCAGCGUGCUCGAGGCUCGCCGGGGAGACAGCGACCAUGUGCUCGAAGAUGCCGCCGCGCCUACAAAGACGAAGAAGUCUGUACGCAUAGUCUCUCCCACUACCACCAUUCCGCCGCCGCCCAACUUCGACGACGACAACAAUGUCACGCUCAACGAACUCAUGGCCCGGCGAGCAAGCCAUGGAGGUCGCCCUGCGAGCCCGCCGCCUCCGGUGAACCCCGCCGGUUUUGCCAACCACUCCAUUACCGCAGGCGAAGCCAAUGCGCAGGUGAUUGGGAAAGAUGCCCUGGUGACAGCAGGCGCAUUGCCCAGCACCAGACCAUACUUGAGCGGAUCACAAGGAGCUUCUGCGCCAGGCAAUGCACCCGCGAACCCGUUCUCAAAAAAGCUGGCAUCGCUGGAACCGCAGCAGGGCGAGGGCAGCACGGAAGAACGGACAAAUGCGCAAAGGCCAACGCCAGGCAACAACAGAGCUUCGCUAGAUGUGGAGAGCUUCAAGAAUCUGCUCAUGACUGGAAUGCCUACUCCGCGCGCUUCCGGCCAGUCUGCGCGACCUGGAAGCGCUUCGUAUUCGACUAGUAGUGGACAAUUUGAAAGCAGCAGCACAGAUAGCUCUUCAGUAUCGCGGCAGUCGAUAUCAGAGCACCCACAAGAGAUACAUGCUGCGUCGUCGCGAACUUCAGACGACGUAGCAGACGAAGAUGAGGACGAGGGCGUGGGGAUGAUGCCUGAAGUGAAAAAGGGCAAGAAGCAACCCCCGCCUGCGCCCAAGCAUCGUCAUGGCAAACUCGUCGCACCGAGACAGCCACAGACAGUUCCAUUUGACCAAUUCGAAGCAACUGAGCCUGUGGCGCCAGCAAGUGUUAGCCGGACAAACAGCUCAGAUGCGAGUAAGCCGUUUCCGUCGUCUCCGAUGGCCCAGCAGCAGUCACCGUCGCAACCACGGCCGACACCACCAAAACCAAGCGACGCUCCCAAAUCUGCGGAAGAUCCGGCGAAGCCAAAAAAGACCCCUCCACCUGUACCAAUAGCUCGGAGACACAGUCAGUUGAAAACGACGACAACUACGGGAAACCGGUCGCGUAGCAGCUCAAAUCUCACAAUAUCCUCGCAACACUCUAUCGAAGCUCCGCAAACCCCAACAUCAACCUACCAUGACCCAAUGUCGAGCGCAAAGUCACCACCUCCUCCCCCACCCUCUCGAUACGGCGCGCGACUUGCGAACCUAGGAGCUUCAAGCACAAACUCCUCCAGCACAGAGCUAGCACAAUCCUCCAGUUCAGUCCGAAUACCGCGCUCCAUCCCCGAUCCCCCCUCUCCCCGCCGAAACGCUGCAGACUCGGAAGCCCCAUCGCCAGCUCCCAGCAUGCACCGCACCUCCUCCGUCUCCUCAACCCGCAACGCCCAGCGCAACGUCUCAGGCGGAAGCACAGGCAGCAUCAUGCCUCCGCCCCCUCCCCCGCGACGCCGCCAAUCCAACCGCUCGAGCCUCGACCAACAACGCCCAUACCCGUACUCCUCCACCUCCCCCUCCGAGAGCCGCCGCACAAGCACCGAGAUCCGCCACGCGAGCACUGAACACCGGCGCACUAGCGUGGCAAGUGAGAGCUCGCUGCGCCGCGCGUAUGCGCCCGUGGAUGAGAAAGGAGAAAACGAGCAUGCGUUGUAUUCGCCUGUUGAUGAGAAGGAGAGGGUGUUGGGUGUUGAUGAGAGCGUCAGUGUGGGUGCGGAGAAAGGACAGGAAGUGAGGAGUAAUUCGAGUAAUAUACUCGAUGAUAUGGAGAAGUUCCAGCGUGAGAUUGAUGAGUUGAGGACGAGGUAUAAGUAG